GAGGAUGUCCGGCCGGUGAAGUUUGACCUCCGGCGGUUCCCGUAGACGGCGGGUGUCAAUGACAUUCGCGUGGAAACUGAGUCCGGUGGCGUAACACGCGGCUCCAGUUAUGGCUUUAUUAUAUUCCGUGCUGAGAUGCGUGAGAUCACAUAUUACACAGGUUCACCUCCGGUCGGUUCACACAACCAGUCCCCAUCAUCUAGCUGCUGAGAAGUCCCUCCUGCUGCAGCUGCGCAAGAGCACCGGCUACACGUUCGCCAACUGCAAGAAGGCCCUGGAAAAAUUCGACAACGAUGUCAAACAGGCAGAGAGCUGGUUGCAUGAGCAGGCACAAAAGGAGGGCUGGAGUAAAGCUGUGCGACUGGAGGGAAGGCGCACCAAGGAGGGCCUUAUUGGCCACCUAAUAGAAGACAGAGCUGCGGUUAUGGUUGAGGUUAACUGUGAGACUGACUUUGUUGCACGGAAUGAGAAGUUCCACAGCCUGGUCAGAGAUGUUGCUUUUGCUACGAUGGCUCAUCACCGCAGCAGAACCGGCAGUCGGUCUACGUACAUAAAGAGUCUGCUGUCUACGGAUGACCUGUCCAAGCUCACCGUGCCUGGAGGAGCCUCGCUGGCUGACCGCCUGGCCCUUGCUGUGGGCCGUCUGGGUGAGAACAUAGCCCUGAGGCGAGCAGUAGUGCUGGGAGUGCCUGCUGAAUGGAACAUCGGCUCCUACGUCCACGGAGCGCUGCCGGGACAGACUGAUGUGGCCAUGGGCCGCUACGGUGCCCUGGUGGUCUUUCAGAGUGUCCGGGGCGAGGCGGAAACCCUGGGCAGGAAGUUGGGCCAGCACAUUGUGGGGGAGGCGCCCCUCUCUCUCGGCAACAUGGACGAUCUGUCAUGUGGGGACACAGAAACCCGCCUACUGCCUCAGAGCUUCCUGGCAGACCCCAGUAAGACAGUGGCUCAGUACCUGAGUGAGCAAGGGGCUCGCGUGCUCGAUUUUGUCCGAUUCCAGCGUGGGGAAGGGGGCCAUGAUACAGAAGAGUGAAAGUGAGGAUAAGCAAUCCAAGGUUCUCUAGUUUCUUUAAUGCUUUUAUUUUUGUAACACCUUUGCCUGGGAAACCCAGAUGUGUCCGGUCACAUAGCCUGUCAAGACAUUUUGUGCGAAUUUAGGCUGCACCUGAUUCAAAUUUCCCUUUUUCAACAGAAGUUCUAAGGCUGUUCCAAGUGUGCAGCUUGAUCUUGGGUUGUCCAUGUAAACCUUGUGCAAUGUUAUGGGCUGGGACACACUGGUUAAUGAACUCAACACUUAAUAAAUCAAUUUAUCAAGGGGUGUCAAGUCUGAUCUCAAACUUAUUCUUGCAAAGUAGUUAUAAUAUGUAGAAAAAAGAAAA